AGUAUCUUUGUGCAGCCCAGGUGGUCUGUUCUGUCAGAGUGCUGCAGCCUGGCUGUCAGGAUGGUGCUAUGUUGCCUCUGGUUGUUUAACUGCUGAGGAGGGGGAUGCUGGGCAAGAAGCCACAGAAGCCACAGCCUGACUGGAGUAAGAAAUUAAGUCAGCAUGAUCCCGGGACACGGGCCGGUGGUCCAGGCAGUGCUGGGAACCUUCCUCACCUGGGGGCUGACGGCGGCCGGCUCAGCGCUGGUGUUUGUGUUUUCCAGCGGGCAGAGGCGGAUCCUAGAUGGGAGCUUAGGCUUCGCCGCGGGGGUCAUGCUGGCCGCUUCUUACUGGUCCCUGCUGGCCCCGGCUAUCGACAUGGCCGAGGAGGCCGGCACCUUCGGAGCCUUCGCUUUCUUCCCAGUGGCCGUGGGCUUUGCUCUGGGAGCAGCUUUCGUGUACUUCGCCGACCUGCUCAUCCCGGCGCUGGGUUUCAGCGGGCCUCCCCACGCAGCGUUUGCCUUGAGUUACGACCAGCGAGCGGUGAAAGAAAAAUAUGAGCAUGAACCUGCCCAUCACCUGGACUACGAGAGCGAGUUGUCCAUCCGGAUAGGUAGAGCUGGGCUCCAUCCAGACAAAGGUGAGAACGGGGAGCCCUACCAGAGGAGGAAGGGUGCGGGGGCCAGCCUGCCAGACGGCCCCCCAACAUUCCCCACGGCCAGGGACGGGGCCCCGCCGGCCGGCAGCAGCAGCUGGAGGCGGAUUCUGCUGAUGAUCCUCGCUAUAACCAUCCACAACGUCCCAGAGGGUCUGGCAGUGGGAGUUGGAUUUGGGGCUAUUGGAAAAUCCGCAUCUGCGACCUUCCAAAGCGCCAGGAAUUUAGCAAUCGGGAUUGGGAUUCAGAAUUUCCCGGAGGGCCUGGCCGUCAGCCUGCCUUUGCGCGGCGCUGGAUUUUCAACGUGGAAAGCGUUCUGGUACGGGCAGCUGAGCGGCAUGGUGGAGCCCUUAGCCGGCAUCUUCGGCGCCUUCGCCGUGGUGGUGGCGGAGCCUCUCCUCCCCUACGCCCUGGGCUUUGCGGCCGGGGCAAUGGUCUACGUGGUGAUGGACGAUAUCAUCCCCGAGGCACAGACCAGUGGCAACGGGAAGCUGGCAUCCUGGACCUCGAUAUUAGGAUUUGUGGUGAUGAUGUCCCUGGACGUUGGGCUCGGGUAGGGCCUCGCGCUGCUCCCCAGGAGAAGACUUCAGAGCCAUCUGUGCAGCGGCAUUUGGAACUGGACACGCGUUAUCCUCUAGACUUUUUUUUUUUUUGUAUAUAUAUUUUUUUGGAUCUGGUUUGGUGUUGAUUUCCUAUAAUUUUAUAUCUCUUCCUUCCCUCCAACGUCAUGUCGGUGGUUUUCAAAGCACAAAUACAGGUGGUUCCUCGCAGGUCCUGGUUUCCUUUCACCACCAGAUUUUCUUUUCCUCUCGGGAGGGUCGUUGGACGACGCGUUGUCUGGGCUGCAGGUCACCUUGUCCUUUCCCUUCCACGCCGGGCUGGUUUCUCCGAGUCCGGUCGCUCUGGGUUUUGAUCAUCUUUGUUUUGUAGAAGAUUAGAAAUUCACUGUCGCGCGUUUAAGCCGGUCUGUGGUUGAGUACCAAGGCGUUUGAACGGCGUAAACUCCUUACAGAGUCUGGAUUUCCACACUUUUUUCGAAGGGCGGGUGGAAGGCUUUAGGGCGGAGGUAACACGUACGGCACUGCGGGAUCGCAGCCUCGUGUAUCCUGCUGGCCCUUGGGAAUGUUUUAGGGUAGUAGUUUCGAUGGAUACGAAUAGUCCAGGCAAAUAAAACGAAUUUUCUUGAGAUCUCUGUAAGAGAGAAAUGUCAUUUUUUCCUAAAUUUAUCUCUUAAGUGGGGCAUUGAUCCAAUGCAUUGUGUCCGAUACCCUGAGGUUCUCUCCGGAAAAAAAAAAAAAAAAAAAAAAAAAAAAAUAGGAAAGAGUAAUUUUUGUGUUUUCUAGCAUGUACACUUUGAAAAGGCGAGGUGCUGCCUGACUGGUGGACAGCAGGCCACGUUUCCAUGUGGGCCCGUGGCUGUGUCUGGCCUCGCCAAGCUGGUUUACGGCUGCUGGUUCCACUGGUUCAUCACUCCCCGAAGAGCCGAGGUGGGUUUUUCCCAGUCGCACUUCACCCCGUCGAAAAACUCGGAGCUGAGUCGGGAGCUGAGCGUGCCGGGAGCUCUCGUCUUCCCGAGACGCAUGAGGAUGAAAUAAUUCAUCAGGGUGAAUUAAUUACCCUACCCGAAGAGCCAGAAGCAUGCACCGUGUGUGCCUGCCUCUUCACCCUCUGCUUUUCAAGCAUCUCUUGCUGAAGGGCUGUUCCUGAGCGGGCAGGAUUAGUCCCUUCCAGGCUGAGCCAGUCCUGCCUGUCCCUCCCUGUGCCCGGUGCCCGCUCCGGCGAGGAGCCAAACGCCGGAGCUGCAAGGAUGCUGUAAACCCCACCUCCCCCUUCCCUAAGGAUGCUUCGCUUUUUAGGAAAAAGGGGUCCAUUCGUCCCUUCAGCAGGAAUCACCGGACCGCCUGGCUGCCACGGGGCUCUCGGGGGGGUCACGGCCUGCGGGAAGGGCAGCCAGAGGGAACGGGCUUGAAUAAACUAAGCUAGAGCCACGCGGUUUUGUUUGGUUCUUUUUUUUUUUUUUUUUUUUUUUUUUUUUCCUUUUGGGUUGGAUUUCAUUUGUACUUCAUUUGUGUGUCACGCUGGGUGAUACAAAACUACUGUUUGCCAAUGGAUUUGACCUUUUAACUGUGAUAGGUUUCAAUAAAUGGGAAAUUCAGAGUU